GUCAGUUUUCAUGGAGAUGGAGGAAACACAAAUGCUUACAUGGAAAAUCCCUUCACCCUUCUGUCCAAAAGCUCCCCACUUGGCACCAAUUCAGUGGCUUACAAGAUCUCGAACCCAAACUUCCUUACCGAUAAGCUAUAUAUUAUGAGUGGCACUCCGAUCUUCUUCCGACCUUAUCUCCCAUGGCCCUCUCUCCCUCUCCCGACUGCUCAUUCCCUCCAUCAAACUCUUUCAGAAAAUCCCAUUUCAUCUCCACCUCUAACUUCUCUCUCCUUUUCUCUCUUCCCACUUCAAAUCUUCCAUCCCUUCAUCUAAAUUCCUCCGGUUGCCCUUCCCCAAUCUUAGAACAACCCUCCAUCGCAUUACCCGACAUCCAUUCAAACUCCAAUCUUCACGAUUUUCAACUUCCCUCCUUGCCCAACGUUCAAGAUUUGAACGAUUUCUUAUGUGGGUUGUCGCAAAACCCCGGAACCGAGGAUUUGAUCUAUGACUAUUAUGUGAAAGCGAAGGAGACGGCUGGGUUUCGACCUCAGAAAUCGACAUUGCGGCAUCUGAUCAGGUACUUAGUUCGAUUGAAGAAAUGGGAUUUGAUUCUUUUAGUUUCUAGGGACUUUGUGGAUUUUGGUGUUUGCCCUGAUAGAGAUACUUGUUCUAAAUUGGUUAGUAGUUGUGUUAGAGGUAGAAAAUUUAAAGUUGUCAAGUCUUUGCUUGAGGUUUUUGAAAGGGAUAGUGGUGUUGCUAUGACUGCUUUUGAAGCUGCCAUGAGAGGCUACAAUAAGCUUCACAUGCACAAAAGCACUAUCAUGGUUUUCCAGCGCUUGAAAUCUGCAAGAAUCGAAGCAGAUUCUGGAUGUUAUUGUAGGGUCAUGGAAGCCUAUCUUAAACUUGGGGAUUCUGAGAGAGUUAUGGAACUGUUUAAUGAAGUGGAGAGUAGGAUUUCGGUUUCUACGCCAUUUUCGACCAAGAUUUACGGGAUACUUUGCGAGUCCUUAGCAAAGUCGGGGAGGGUUUUCGAGUCGCUUGAGUUUUUUAGAGAUAUGAGGAAGAAAGGGAUCGCAGAAGACUACACUAUUUACUCUGCUUUGAUAUGUACUUUUGCUAGCAUCCAGGAAGUUAAAUUAGCGGAAGAUCUUUACAAUGAAGCAAAAGCCAAGAAGUUGUUGAGGGACCCUGCGAUGUUUCUAAAGCUCAUAUUGAUGUACGUUCAACAAGGAUCAUUAGAAAAGGCACUUGAGAUUGUUGAAGUAAUGAAAGACUUUAAAAUUGGAGUCUCUGACUGUAUUUUCUGUGCAAUUGUCAAUGGUUAUGCCACGAGAAGGGGCUAUGAAGCUGCAGUUAAAGUUUACGAGAAGUUGAUCGAAGACGGAUGUGAGCCAGGACAAGUGACGUACGCCUCAGCAAUCAAUGCCUACUGCCGUGUCGGACUCUACUCGAAAGCAGAGGACAUUUUUGGAGAAAUGGAGGAGAAAGGGUUUGAUAAAUGUGUGGUAGCUUACUCUAGCUUGAUAUCAAUGUAUGGAAAAACAGGGAGAUUAAAGGAUGCAAUGAGGCUAUUAGCAAAGAUGAAAGAAAAAGGGUGUCAGCCAAAUGUUUGGAUAUACAACAUAUUGAUGGAGAUGCAUGGGAAGGCUAAGAAUUUGAAGCAAGUUGAGAAGUUAUGGAAGGAAAUGAAGCGCAAAAAGAUAGCACCUGAUAAGGUUAGCUAUACAAGUAUCAUAAGUGCCUAUGUCAAGGCAUCAGAAUUCGAAAAGUGCGAGCAAUAUUACCGGGAGUUUCGGAUGAACGGGGGCACCAUUGACAAGGCAUUUGGGGGGAUCAUGGUUGGGGUGUUCUCAAAGACGAGUCGGGUUGAUGAGCUGGUGAAGCUUCUCAGAGACAUGAAGUUAGAAGGAACAAGGCUGGAUGAGAGGCUUUAUAGGACAGCAUUGAAUGCUCUGAUGGAUGCUGGGUUGCAAGUGCAAGCAAAAUGGUUGCAAGAUCAUUAUGCUGGAAAAUCAGGCUUUGUUUAAACUGUUUUUCAUUGGUUUGGGAUAAAGCCUUGGAGUAAAAAAAAUUUCUUGAUGCCCAAGAGAUUUACUUAUUUAAUUUGUAAGUAGUUUUUCUUUUUCUCUAUAAGUUUUCGAUUUGUUCUCCUAGUUUUGAGUUUAAUUUUACUUUGAUUUUCAUCGUUGUAUAUUUGGACCUCACAAAUUAUUUUUUAGAAUUAUAAAUUCAAAAUAUGUGAAUAUGUGACAAUUUCUCUAUUCAAGUGAUUAGUUAA